AUGAGUCGGCAAACACUCAAUGAGACGGCGCUGGAUUUGUUCGCGCGACGACCGACACGCAGUUUCUUGACCAAGUUGAGCUUCAUUGACGCGGCUACAACGAAACAAGAUGGAGAAGUAGUUGGCUACCGACCACGACAAGUUAUUGAGGUCUGUGGAUCGAGUGACACGCCCAAAACUCACGUGCUAGAGCACAUUAUAGCCUCUUUUGUCACAAAAAGCUGUUAUUCCAAUGACCAGCCGCCGAAAGAGCGUGUUUUUAUCUUUGACCAUGAGUGUCAAGUGUCAGCAACGCGAAUGGCGGCUAUUGUAGCUCGUAAAUUGGAUGGUAAGCAGCGGGACGAGAUGGUGGAGGAAGUACUGAGCCGAGUGCAGACCUGCUACUGUCGAGACUCGUUCCAAUGGCUCGCGACACUAAAUCACGUUCAUUUUCAGCUCUUAGAGGCACCACCAGCACCUUUGAUGCUUGUAUUCAAUUGCAUAGGCUCUUUCCAUGCGCUUGACAAGAUUGUAGCAAGGAGCGUGGGGGACGGACUAGCGCUGUCGGAGCAAGUAUUUAUUUUCCUGAGACAGUUUAUCCGACACCAUUCGCCUAUUGUUUUUGCGGCUAAGGAAACCACUAAAAACACGCGAAAUCCGUGGGAGCAUACCGAGUACUUGCCUUCGUCGUGGACUAGCCAAGUAUCCAAGCGAAUUUUGCUUCGGAUACCUCCACCAUUACUUGACGUUCCAGAAGUAGCUUUCACCACGAAGAAAGCGACGGAUUCGUACGAUUCGAGGCCAAGUGUUUUGCUGCUGGAAGGAGCCGUGUGUAUGAGUGCCGCACAGACGGAGAUAUGA